CGCUGGGCAGAGGCGGGGUCUGCUUGGAGCCGUCGUACCGGGCGGCGGUUGAGAAGGCUGAGGAGAGCUGCCAAGAUGAGCGGAGGCGCGCGAAUUUGCAGCGGCUACUCCAACGUGAGGGAGGAGCUGGUAGCAAGUUUCAAGUGUCCGAGGACGACAGACGGCAGGGACGAGGCUUACUGCUGCGGCUUUUCCGAUUUCAAGUACUGCUGCAAUGAGGCUGGCAACUAUUUCCCCUACCCGCACGGCUACAUGUGGUCGCUGAGUAUAGGUGCAAUGGUGGGAUUAGGAGUUGCUGCCCUUCUUCUACUGAUAUUUAUCUUCAGUGUUUUUGUGAUGUGCGGCUUAUAUCUCUACAAUAAACCUCAACGAUUAGAUUCAGGCCUCAAGCUUCAAAACCUUGCAACAUCUCCAAAGCAAAAGGGGAAAAAGAAAACUGAACAAAGAAGUUUGGAAACAACACUGCAACCUUCACCGUCAGCAACCCCGCCACCCAUCACCAACAGAAUUGGUGAAGAGGAACUGUUAGCUACAGCAGUAGAGACUGAAAUUGCAGCAAUCAAACUCUCCUAAGUUUGUUAAGUAAAUUACGCAAGUUCUAUUUUAAAAUUAAAUGUUAACAGCACUUCAUUAAGAGAAAUAAAUAUAUAGAUCAGCAUAAUCUAAAUUCUCUAUACAAGAAAGAUUACUGUGACAAGUACAUGAAAUCUAUGUAGUAGUAACAAAAUUAUAUAAUCCCUUAAUGAUGUUUCUUUAAUGUUCUGUGACAGGCUUAAAAAUAAAAAGA